UACGUCUCCUGCACAAUGUAUUGUCUCCGUAUCGCUUUGCUAAGCACCCUUCCGUUUCCUGUUCUUUUUCAGGGCGACGACUACCUGCAGUACGCGUCCAUGCACCAGGCGGGCGGGCGCGCGGGCGGCCCGGGCGGCGACCGUGGCGUCGGCGGGGUCGGCGGCGGCCUCCAGGGCGGGGCGGGACCGGGCGGCGGCCCCGCCCUCCUGCCGGGCGAGCCGCGCUUGCAGAGCCUGCAGGCCGCGGCCGGCGCCAACCUCACGGCCAAGGACGGCGACUGGCAGAUUGUCAGCGGGACCAGGUUCAAGUUUCUGGUCUUUUCGGCGUUCUUCGACAAGAGAGACGGCAAUCGCAUGAUCCGCAUCGUGGGCGCGACCAAGACCCGCCUGCCGGAGCGGGUGUUCUGCCGCUACUGGUACCCGGAGGGGAAGGGCGAGGGCGCCGCCAAGUGGCCCGCCGACCGCACCCUCACCGUGCCGGCCAAGGUCAAAGUGAUCCGAGAGAACUGGAACCUCAAGUACUCGGCGUGCUUCGUGCUGUGCCUGCUCAAGCCCAACCAGACCGUGCCGCAGGCCGUGUCCGUGGUGGCGCGGCUGCGCGUUCGCCCGCACAACAUGCUGGCCGUGCGCCAGCUGGAGCGGCCGCGCGACGCGCCGGCCCUCGACCCCAACUCUCUGGCCGUGUGCGUCAAGCCGCUGCACUUCAGCUACAACCGGCCAGUUGAGAUGCUCGAGUUCCUCGAGUUGAACACGAUGCUGGGGGCGGAGCACUUCACCUUCUACAACCACACCAUCGGCCCUCAGGUGUCGUGCAUCCUGCAGGACUACGCGGCCCGCGGCCGGGUCACGCUGCUGCCCUGGCGGCUCAACAUGGCCUCGCAGCGGGAGAUCCGCACCGAGGGCCUCUUCGCCGCGCUCAACGACUGCAUGUACCGCAACAUGAACCGGCACGCGCUCGUCGCGCAGAUCGACCUGGACGAGUACAUCGUGCCGCGCCACAACCUCACCCUGCCGGACCUGCUCCAGUGGCUGGGCAAGAAGCUCAACAUCCGCAGCGCCGGCUCCUUCUCCUUCCAGAACGCCUUCUUCUACCUGCAGUGGCAGGACGACCCGCUGGUGGACAAGCACGGCCUCGACAGCCGCCUGCUCACCGCCCGGAAGACGACCCGGCGCACCAAGCUACACCCGCACAAGCAGCGCUCCAAGUACAUCGCACGGCCAGAGUUCGUGGUCGAGGCCGGCAACCACUUCGUGUGGGAGUUCCUGCCGGGCCACGGCGCCAUCAACGUGCACCCUUCGGCGGCCAUUCUGCACCACUACCGCGUGUGCGAGUUCGGGGGCGACGACUGCGUCAAGUCCUCGCACGUCGUGGACCGCACGGCGCACCGCUACAAGGACCGCCUGGCCGCGCAGGUCUCCAAGCGCUGGGCGCUACUCAGGGAGGACUGCCACCUCGGCGACCUGUUCGUGCCGCCGCCCGGAGAGGAGGGGGCCGCGGGGGCGGGGGUAUCGUCGCCUGCGCCGCCCCUCCAGCACGGUGCCUCAACGGGUCCUGCGGCCGCCCCCGCGCCCGCCCCCGCCACCGACCUGGAGCCGGGCGCGGACCCCGGCGACGAGCCCCCGGCGGAGCCCGAGACCAAGCAGAGCUAGCGAGCGGCGGGGGCGGCGCCGGCCUGGGCCCGCGGGGUGGGCGCCGGGGGCGGCCUGCAGAGGCCGCAGCGCCGCCGCAGGGCCUCGCCGGGCCGCCGGCGGAGCUUCAACCGCAACCACAUGGGGCAGGACUACUAAGCGCCCGACGCCUCCCAACGCCGCCCCCCGCCGCCCCCGCCAUCUCUCUCGCCCCUUCUUACUUGCUCCUGCCGCUGGCAGCCCUGCAGAGUAACAGGAUCUCCCUACCAGUCUAUUCCAUGAGGGAAAAGAAACCUGUUAAUGUUUCAUACCAGAGUACGUGUUCAGUCGGUGUGUCGAUACAUGUAUGUAUUCUGAUUAAGAUGAACCUAGCGCCGCCUAGCUGGGGACUUCAAAACCAACUACAUAUCGGACACGGACACCCACUAGUAAACCUACCGGAGCAGCCGUGGUUACCUAGACAGGGCCAGACUGUCGGGAUGCCCUUUAAAAAUUAACUACCGUACUUAUUGUGUACAGGAUACAGUAUGCCGUCCCACUGUAUACAACCCCUCGGAUUUUGUUUCCGCUCUCCCUCCGAGAGCACAACGCACACGAGCAGUAUUUAUACGCCGUAUCAUACUGAUUCACUGUUAGAAUAUGUUGUUUACAAUAAUGCCCUCCUGUAACGGAAGAUAUAUUAGACGCUGCGCGCCGAAGGGUGUCUCAGAUACGAACUAUAGUUAUAA